GCAUUGUCUGUCGGGACGGUGGCGGAGUGCGAAUUACUGUCAGAGACGCCUGGUGAGCUCGGGGUGCUCAGCGUCGCGGCUAUUUAAAGCCCUUUUCGGAUAUGAGUCGAGGAAUAACACUGCGAGUAAAUAAUAAGUUAUAACCUGUCGGUCAAGAGCUUUCUUUCUGGUCCGUUUAUAGAAGGUAACUACAAACCGACGCAAACUAGUCCGAGCAAGUGCUUGUUGCGUCCACCCGGCGAGGAGAGGCGGAGGAAGGUGAGGGGGGGAGAGAGAGACCGGACCGGACCGGCCGGAGCAGCGGCGAAGGCGGCCGAUGACUUCAGAGAAUAGCGGUUCACUACAGCAGACGGAGGAGGUCGAGUCGAGCCCAGUCAUCCGAGAAAACGAAAGCAGAACACCUGAAGCCGGGAAGGACCGAGGCGACAUGGUGACCACAAAGGGGGCCGGUCUGAAUCCCAAUGCCAAAGUCUGGCAGGAAGUCUCUGCUCCUCCCGCCCACAACCCAGAGGAGGGCAUGGAAAGCGCUGAUUGGCCACAGGCAGACCUCACCCCCACCGAGCAGCCGGAAGGCUGUAAGGGGUAUGGUAUUGGCAAUGGUGACUCUGAGUCAGCCCCUCAUGUGGAGGGUGGUCUGCUAAAUGGUGUAGACACACCAGACGUUACGUAUCCAAUAUAUGAACCAGUGGAGGAAGAAGUGAUGGAGGAGCUGCAGCCCCUCUCUGAGGAGAGUCUGAGGGAGUCGUUGAAGAAGCAGCUGGAGUUCUGCUUCUCCAGGGAGAACCUCUCCAAAGACCUGUAUCUGAUAUCUCAGAUGGAUGGUGAUCAGUUUGUGCCUAUCUGGACAAUUGCCAGCAUGGAGGGCAUUAAACUACUGACUACUGAUAUGGACUUGAUACUGGAGGUGCUGCGAGCAUCUCCAAUGGUGCAAGUGGAUGAGAAGGGCGAGAAGGUUCGGCCCAAUCAUAAGCGCUGCAUCAUCAUUCUUCGAGAAGUACCGGAGACCACCCCUGUUGAGGAGGUGGAGGCACUAUUUAAAAGUGAGAAGUGUCCACAGGUCAUCAGUGUCGAGUUUGCUCAUAAUAACAACUGGUACAUCACGUUCCAGUCUGACACUGAUGCCCAACAGGCCUACAAGUAUUUACGUGAGGAAGUGAAAACCUUUCAGGGAAAGCCGAUCAUGGCUCGUAUUAAGGCCAUUAACACCUUCUUUGCUAAAAACGGCUACAGUGCAGUGGACUCUGCUGUAUAUGCUGGCAGCCCUCAGUCUCAUUACUCGUCUCCAGUUUACCUGCAGCAGAUGUACCAGCCUCCUCAGCAGUACCCGCUCUACAGCCUGCUGCCACAGGCCUGGACCCCUUCACCCACUCCGUACUUUGAAACACCUCUGGCUCCAUUUCCCAACAGUACAUUUGUUAAUGGCUUCAGCACUGCAGGAAGCUACAAGACUGGCUCCUCUCCACUCAGCCUUACACGUCACUUUCCACGCAAUCGGAACCAUGUAAAACCGCAGUCCCGUGCUGAUGGAACUUCUCAAUCUGAAGUUCUUUCGGGCUCCAGCACUCCCCAGGCCCCCCGAACCCCUGCUGCAGUGUCAAGCUCAGAUCCCUCCAUUCUCAGCCUGUCUGACCCUCCACCUUCCCCUAACGAGAACAAUCACUCUGACCUGGGCAGCAGCAGCCGAGCCAGGAGAGGAAGUUACCGUGGAAUGAGGCGCAGGAGGGAAGAUGAACGAACGAGGCCUCUUCCACUAACUGAGGUCAAAAGCCCACCUCCCAGAUUUGACCUGGCAGCCUCCAAUUUCCCACCGCUGCCAGGGGGAGUGGCUGGCCGUUUGCCAGGAGGUGUGAUCACAUCGUCUGAAUCGGUUCUGGAGAAUCGCAUGGCCGAUGUAGUGAAAGGCAUCAACAGGGACAAGUUGGAAUCCAGUAAGCAAGACGUGAGUAAAGAUUCACAGUCUCCUCAAGGGGAAGGGCCUACUCCUGUUCCUACAACGCCAACACCAAAACCCCCAGCUGUACCGCAGGACACACCUGGCCCCAGUGUUGCACAUCAAGCGAAGAGACCAGACAGUGAAUCUCAUACCUCAAAAAACACGGCCCUCAGUUCUGCUCCAAUCACCUCUGCUCCUGCUCCUGCUCCUGCUCCACCUGCGCCUUCCCACAAACCUGAUCCAUCCGGUCCAUCUGCCCCCUCCAUCACACCUGUACAGGAGCCUCGGAAGCUCAGCUAUGCUGAGGUAUGUCAGAAGCCGCCCAAAGACCCGUCCCCUACGCCAGCAUCAGCGCCAGCACCAUCUCCAAGCCCCACACCCUCACCUUCCGCCAGCCAACCACUCCGUGAGCUUCGUGUAAACAAAGCGGAAGGCCCUGCCCCUCCUCAGAGCAGCCCUAGCGAGAAGGUAGAGAAAGGAGGUGAAAGCAGACCUCCUCGCGAGCAGACCAGCUAUCAGCGUGGUGGUGGGAGCAGGGGGGCGGGGUUCAAACUCAGAGAGCAGCAGAGACGGCCCCUGCAGGGCCGACGUCCCUCCCCCCAAGCGGGGUUUAACAGGCACAGUGGAAAGGAGCAAAACAUCCCUCCAAGAUCGCCAAAGUAACAAUCCAUAUGACGCCUUCGUACUCAUACACACAUAUUAAAGAUUUACUCAUCUUAAUAUAUAUAUAUAUAUAAAUAUAUAUUAUAUGUAAAAAGAGAAUAUGUCUAUAUAUAAAUCUACAUAUUAACUGCACGAUGAGUUGCACUACGUUGACGAACGACAGACAGCUCUGGCCACCAAAAGCAUGAGCUGCAUCUGAGAAGAACUGAAAAUCAAAGAUGGGCAGGGACCCUCAGGACUCGUAAAGAUGACUUUGCCAUGGCACAUGGUGUUAUGUCUGCGACUGCAGCAGUUGAUUGGCUGUGUAUGAGUGUGAAAUGAGCUCAUUUGUUAGGUUGUUUAUGGUCCUGGGCACCAGUGUACAAUGCUCUACGCUUCUUAUCCAUACCUGUGAAGGUACACUGACAAGCCAGCACAGCUUCUCCAUAUGCAACAAGAAGAGGCCAGAUGGUCCAACACUGCUGCUUCUCCCUAGUCUGUGUGUGUCUGUGUGUGUCUGUCAAAAAAAAAACUGGAAAGCAGAAAACUGUACAUGUUAUAUUGUGUAAAAGAAAAGCAACAAAUGAAAUAAGUGGAAUGGACAAAACUGAAGAAUGAUGUACUCAGGAUGAGGCUGAACUGGAACGCUGUCAGGAUUCAGGGAAGAGCUGUGAACUGCCUGAAACAAAAAAGAGGGUAGAGCUUCUAAAGUGGCUUGAGUUAUUGUUUUGUACUUUUGUGGUGUCUACUUUGUGCUCUUAAGUGUUUUCAGAGUCUGGGCUGGACCAUGGAAGAGUGUGAUGCUAAAAAGAGACUUGAUGAAAUAUGUAGGUUUUACAGUUAAGGCAGUGUGAUGGAAUGUCUUCCCUGCUCUUGUCUGAGUUUGAGCCCUGAUAUCACUGUCUCUGUCAGGUGUGUUGAUUUGAGGCUGUGACUCUUAUUGUCCUCUGCUGUAAAAUAGUGAGACUUGAUGGAGAAGGACUUUUAAUGCCUGCUUUCUUAUCAUUGCGUAUGUGCCCAGUAUGAGGAUGUACUUUUUUAAUGAAUAUAAAAUGAGUAUAAAUUACAUUAUACCUGUACUUUUCAGGUAAUUGAUUACCUGUGUAACAGUGUAGCACACCUAUACGAUAUGGUGUACCUUUUGGCAUCGGCCAGUCUCGUCAUUUGCUAAUGGAUAAGGAGCUCAGGACUUCAAGAGGAAAUCAUUGGUGUUUUGUAUGCAAGUAUGAAUGCAUGUGUCUAAUCAUUUCGUCCAUGGCUUCCUGAGUGUAAUGCAAUUUUUAUCAUAGCCUUUUGAAUUCAAAUGUUAAUUGUUCAUGGCUUCUUUACUUUGAGUUACUAAACUGUAUUUGAGUGUUUAAAUGUUUUGACCAGUA